AUGGGUGGAAAUGAACCAAAUUGUAUGAUUAGAGAUCAAGAUCCAGCAAUGAAAAUUGUUGUUAAAAGUGUGUUUAUCAAGACUAAACAUCGCUUCUGUAUGUGGCACAUAAUGAAAAAGUUACCAUAUAAGGUGGAGAAAUCAAUCAUCCAAGAAGAAACUGGUUUCCUAAACAAAUUAUGUGCUGGUGUUUGGCAUCUUGAAAUUGACCUUGCUGAGUUUGAAGAAAGGUGGAACAAGGUGAUGGUUGAAUACCACUUGGAAAAACAUGAGUGGUUAGGUUAUACUAACUUUGUCUUUUAUGAAUUUCAAUAUGAGGUUGAAAUUGCUUGUUUUUCUUAUGGUGUUGAUGAAUUGAAGAAAGAAAAUGGAUUGAAAGUUGCAAAAGUAAGUGAAGGAAAUCGGAUUAGAACAUUUGAUGUUGUGUUUAAUCCAACUAACUAUGACACCACAUGUUCUUGCAAGCUAUUUUAUAGACAAGGAAUUCCAUGUAGACAUAUGAUUUGGGUUUGGAAAGCAAAAAGGUUUGAAACCAUUCCUGAGCAGUACAUGCUAUACAGAUGGACUACUAUGGCACUGAAAAAGCCAAUUUUUGACUUGGGUGGAAACCUGUUGGAGCAAUGUGCUAAUUUAAUUGAUAAGAAAAAAUUGUUAAAUGAUUUGUGGUCAGAGAUACACACUUGUGUAAGUUUGGCAGAAAGCAAUGAUGAAGAUAUUCAAGUUCUUGUGAUAAAUCUUCAAGGAAUAAGAAAGGAUUUGGAGGCUAAGAGGAUUGCAAGGAAUAAUGAAACAAUAGGAAGGGCAAACAACAAAGGACAAGACAUUGAGCUAUUGAUUGGAGCUAGUGUGCCAACUGAAAUAAUUGUCAAACCCCCAAAAAUUUCAAAGAAUAAAGGGACUGGAGUUCAUGUAUCAAAUGAAGAGACUUCAAAAGAGAAAGGGGUUGAGAUUGAUGUGCUAAAUGUUUAA